AUGUCAGUCCGUGAAGACCCUUCAUCUCUGCCUGUAGAGACGGAUAGUUAUCCUGAUGGGUCCCAAACCCUAAACCCUAAUCCUGCUGCUAGCUCCCUCCCUCCGUCACAGGCCGAGGGUUUGUGGUUUAAGGCAAUAGAAGAAAGAGCAUUAGCUGAGGACUUCCUACAUAUUGAUCAUGAGCUGGUGCCAUGUCGCCCUCUAGUAGAGUUAAGGGGUCUUUCUUUUCUUUCUGCAACAGCAAGAGAUGAAUAUGCUAAAAACCUCCGACCUGAUGUGGUACGCUAA